AUGGCGGCAUCGGCACUGAACGAAGAGCGAGAACUCGCCAUCCACCCCAUCGUCGCAAGCAGCGUACAGCACAACACUCAGGUCAUCUCCAACAUCCGCAGUCUCACCGCAUCACUCUUCGGCGUCGCCGCAGGCACAUUAGGCCUCGAGUCUUACACAGGCUUCAUAUUCUACCUCCUCGGAUCACUCGUGGUAUCGGCGCUGCUGUUUGCGCUCAAGACAAAUGGCAAGCCCGGCGCAUACUUUUACCGGCCGCUGGUGCUCGAGGCCAAACUAGCCCAGGCUUCGAUUCUCAAGAAGGUCGUCGACGCCAUCAAGGACCUCGUACAGGACUGCAACUUCGACUGCAAUGAUUCGGGCAUCGCGCUCCAGGCCAUGGACAACUCGCACGUCGCCCUUGUCUCCAUGAUGCUCAAAUCCGAAGCCUUCGAACCCUUCCGCUGCGACCGCAACAUCGCGCUCGGAAUCAACCUCGGCUCUCUCACAAAGGUCCUUCGUGCCGCUGGAAACGAUGACGCCCUUACCAUCAAGGCCGAGGACUCGCCCGAUGUCGUCAACCUGCUCUUCGAAUCCAGCACCACAUCGAGGCUGAGCGAGUAUGACAUUAAGCUCAUGGAUAUCGACCAGGAACAUCUUGGUAUCCCUGAGACGGACUACGCGGCAACCGUCACGAUGCCAUCGGCUGAGUUCCAGCGCAUCUGCAGGGACCUAGGCGCAUUGUCCGAGUCAGUUUCGAUUGAGUGCUCCAAGGAUGGAAUCAAAUUCGCAUGCUCUGGCGACAUUGGUUCGGGCUCCGUCAUCCUCAAGACGUCCAACAGCGUCGAGAAGCCAGAGGACAACGUUUCGAUUGAAAUGAAUGAACCUGUCUCACUCACCUUCUCUCUCAAGUACCUGAUCAACUUCUGCAAGGCGAGCGGGCUGUCAAAUCAAGUCAAGCUCUGUCUAUCUAGCGAGGUUCCCCUUCUUGUCGAAUACCCCUUUGAGGCCAGCUACCUGAGGUUCUACCUCGCGCCCAAGAUUGGCGAUGAGGACUAA